AUGGCAUCAUUCAACCCGUUCGCUAGACGCGAAACUCAUAGCGCCAACUCGCUGAACACUUACCGGGUCCUUGUACCCCUCACCUGGGCUCUGAUGGUGGUGGUCGGGAUCUACCACUCCGUUCACUCACCUGACGAUACUAAGGGCAAGAAGCUUUGGAAGCAGGCUAAUAAGCAUAAUACGCCUUUCAGCCAGAACACAACUGUGACUGGAGUUUUCUGGAUCGUUCUUCUCCUAUCUCAGCUCAGCUAUGUCUGGCACCUCUUUUCCAAGAACAAUGUCCUCGUCACGGCAGCGGCCAACGUCGCCACCCACUUCAUUCUGAACAACCUCUUCCUCGCCGCUUGGAUCCUCCUCUGGACUCGUAACCACUUCUGGGGCGCAGAGAUCAUCCUCAUUGCCCAUUUGAUCAAUCAGACGGUGACCUAUUGGCGUCACCGCGGCCUGCCAGCAUUCGUGCACCUGCCCGCCGUCGCUGGUCCUUAUGCUUGGACACUGACUGCGCUGUUCUGGAAUGGCGCGGUCGCUGUUCACAGCCAUAACCUGCCUGGUCGGAUCCUUGCUAAUAUCUUUAUUUGGGUGAUUCUCGCGAUUGGACUGUUUGAUAUCGUUCUCCGGGAGGAUUACAUCCUUGGGUACUGUUUGAGCUGGUUGACGCUGUCACUCGCACUCAGACAAAUCGCUAUCAAGAUCAUUGCGCUGCAGUGGAUCUUUGCUUUUACUGUCUUUGCCGUGUUGUUGGUCGUCUCUCUUUACAUCUCCACGACCAAGUACACUGGUCGCGACAGCCUCUUCCGUCGCGUUGCUCAUCCUGAGUCGGCAGACCGAGAGAGAGAGCCACUGCUCCGUGAGGGAGUGUGA